AGACAGACUGCAGGCAGAUAAGAGGAAAAGUAAUUCUGAAGUAAAGCACAAAUGUAUCCUUAAGAAUUAAAAAAUUUAAAUCACCCUCAUACUGGACUCAAAACCUGAAUGCGGAGCAAGCAGCAAGAAAAAGGGUGCCUGUCCCUUUAAGGAAAUUUGACACCGAGGAAACCAAAAGCAAAAUACUUCUGGAGAAAGGGAACUGAGCCAUACUCAUUCUUCUCACUCCCACACCAACAAGGAGCAACAAGCAUCCUGAAAGUGACCGUUUCUAACUGCAGAAUGUGAGACAGCUGCCGCGGUUCAGCGAUAUAAGAAGACUUCACCAGUGUACGAAAUUCUGAUGUCAACAACCAGAAAUGGCAUCUGGCAGCAGUCUCUUCUCUGAGGACCAGUUUCUGUGUCCCAUCUGCCUGGAUGUCUUCACUCGCCCAGUUUUCACUCCAUGUGGACACAACUUCUGCAUGUUGUGUAUCGAAACCUACUGGAAAGAUGCGCAAGUCUGUCGGUGUCCUGUCUGUAAUCACGCUUUUGAAAGAAGACCGGAUCUCAAGGUCAACACUUUCAUUUCAGAGCUCGCGUCAAACGUCUUGUCGCUUAAAGCUAAAGAUUUUGACACCUGGAGUGCUCAUUCACUGCAGGCCAGCCCUGGAGCUGUGGUGCUAUGUGGCAUCUGUACCGACACGCCGCAAGAAGCAAUUAAAUCAUGUGUGGAGUGUCAGACUUCAUACUGCGACGUUCAUCUGGCGCCUCAUCACCUUGCUCCUGGACUGAAGAAGCACACGCUGAUUGAACCUGUGGCGAGCCUAGAGGGGCGGAUCUGUGAGGUACAUAACAAGCUGCUGAUGUGGUUCUGCAGAGACGACAGCGCUCUGCUGUGUGACGUCUGCUCCAGCUCCCGCCACAAGGAGCACUCUGUUGUUCCUGUGGAGCGGGCGUACGACGAGAAGAAGAACCUGCUGGAGCACACUGAGGGUAAAGUGCAGCGGAUGAUCCAGGAAAGGCUCCAGAACGUUGUGAAAGUGAAGGAAUCAGUAAAGCUAAGCAAGACAGAAACUGAAAAGGUGACUGCCAGCGGCAUGCAGGACCUAACAGACCUGGUGUCUGAGAUUCAGAAGAGUCAGACAGAGCUCAUCGCGGUCAUCGAGGAGAAGCAAAAAACUGUAGAACAAGAAGCAGGAGGGGUAAUUAGUGAUAUGGAGAAGGAGAUCACAGAGCUGCAGUUGACAAGUGUGAAGCUGGUUGAGCUAAAGCAGACUAAAGAUCAGCUCCAUUUUCUCCAGCACUACCCAAGCUCCUCUGUCCUGCCUCAAACAAUGGAUCCUUCCAAUCUCAGCUUUAACCGACACCUGGAGAUACAACACGUAGGCGAAUCUUUGAAAAACUCCGUCUCCCAGCUGCGAACAAUGCUCAACAAAAUGAACACAGACAUACAAAAACUGUGCGACAGAUCAGACGUGUCAAAUAAAGCCACGCUCAGAUAUAUGCAGCAGUACGAAGUGAACGUCUUGCUGGAUCCGGACACGGCUCAUCCUCUGCUCAUGAUAUCGGACGACUUGAAACAAGUAAGAUACAGCAUGCGCUCAGGAUGGUGGGCAAACCAAAUCUCGAACCCAAGCAUGUUCACUGAGCAUCUUGCAGUUCUGGGAAACAGAAGCUUCUCAUCCCGCAAGUUUUACUUCGAGGUUUACGUGGGUCAGAAGACCGAGUGGUGUCUGGGCAUGGCUGCUGCGUCGGUCCAGAGGAGAGGGUCACUCAGUCGGGAUUCGCGUAGUGGGCUGUGGGCCAUGUGGUUCCUGGAAAAUAAGUUUGAAACCUUCAACUCUCCGGAUGAGCCGGUACACUUUGGGAAAGUGGAGCGGAUCGGGGUUUUUGUGGAUUACGACCGAGGUCAAAUAUCAUUUUGGGACACGGAGGCUGCAACACUUAUUUACUCUUUCACUGAGUGUUUCUUUACCGAGGAGCUCUAUCCGUACUUUAAUCCCUGUGACAAUGAAUUUGGCUCCAACUUAGAUCCCAUGAUAAUAGUUCCUGUUGGUGAAAGCGAGUCAGCGGGGCUUCAGAGACUCACCCUUUGAAUCAAAUAUAUUAUUCUGUUUGAGUCUUUGUGGGGUAAAAGCCAAGUGCCUUACAUUUAAAGACAUAUAUCCAAUAUGAAGGACGUUUUGGAUAUUUAAUGUCUUUAAUAGAUAUUUAUCAGUGAGAUAAUGUGAAUACGAGAGGUUUUUCCCUGCUAAAUUUGCUAAUAUACUAUCCAAGUACAGAUUUUUUCAGUUUUGUUUGGUUUCUUUUUGCUAUUAAUUAGCUAGAGAAAAAUAGAUCAACAAUUCUAACGUGUUUCAGCUCCUCGUCAAACUGACACAACAUUCGGGCGUUUUUCUCUCGUCUGAAAAUGUUCAGGUACAAGGAUGGGACUGAAAAUGAGGGAAAAAUCUUCCAGAAAGCCUGAAGAACUAUUGCUGCAGACCACUUUAAAAUUACAAGAAAGACUGGCUCCUUGGAAAGAAAAUAUAAAGUAAUGACAGUAGAAUAAAUCCAGUUUUGACAAGUAAAAAGGAAAAGCAAACUGAUAAAAACAGUGAAUGUGAAUCUCAAUAUGAAAGUCUCUCAAUGUUCGUUUUAAUGGAGGAAAAUAAUAUUCAAACCUUCAGAAAGUUUAGAUGUUGUUAAGGGUUCGAAAUUGGUAGAGAGUACAAAACCAAGACAGUCCAGAAGGUCUGGGUCAAAGCAAUCUUUAUUGAAGUUCACGCGCGGGAAGACAGUCACUGCAUACAUCAGCAAGGGUCUUCACCAAAAUUAUACUUCAGAUCAAUAUUUCAAACUAGCACAUUAUCACCGCAAAUGCAAGGCUACUAUAACACAACAUCAGCGUUAUUACUGUCACUCUCCAUGUUCUUCAUCUUGUGAUGGCUCUGGGGUAAUCUGAACGUCCUCGCACAAAUCUACUAUAGCACUAAAUAAUGAAAAGCUCGUGGUCAACCACCAGACAAUUUCAGCUUCUGUAAUAGUUGUGGCCACCUCGAUAUCUACAGGGUCGUCAGGUGCGUCUGCCCGUUCUCCACGGAAAACACGACUCGCCCUGUACAGACCCUCUCCCAGAGGAAUAAGUUUUAUUCUGCAGUACCCAAAAGUGAACAUCUUCCUGUUUCAAAGUAUGAUGUGCGUUAUGAGAAAUAGCAAACAAAAUUAAUUUAUUUCUACCAUGUGCUGGGCUGCACCGCACAUGUAAUGCAGCUGAAAAUGUAACCUAGGCAUAUAACAGGAAAUUUAACAUAGGCAUAUAACACAACAAUGGCAUGUAACUCUACAGUUCUGCGGCCUCCUCGCUAUUGUGUUCCACAAUCUCACGCAGGGAGGUUACCAAACGCAGGCAGUCAUUUAAUAACAGGGGGAAUUCUGUUUCAGUCAAAUUAAGAGUGAUACUGAAGUUAUGAUCAGUAAGACCAACCUCACAGCAAACACGCAGCUCAGUCUCAACCCACCACGUGUCACCAUUUGUCAUUGGAGUCAACACCAGACUGAAAGUGAAUCCAGUCAUAUUUCUACUAACUGACUCCAAAUCAAUAUCUUGUGUGUCAUCCAUUAAAUGUACAUGUGCUCUUUAAGAAUGAAAGUCCAAUAUCCCACACACACAAAUACAAUGCCAGCUAUCCGGUCCACUGGAAGUCAAUGUCAAAAUCCUGAAAAGCGCGCUCACAAAAUCCUGGAAAGUCACGUUCCGCCUCAAUGGGAUCACUAUUGUCAUUACAAUAUAAUUCCAGUGCCCGAAAUAUAAUCAAACUACGAGCGGUAAAGUCUAAUAACACUUGUUGGGAGUUUCUUACUACUGCAGUUACUAAAAAACCAUAAUGAACAUCUGAAAGCACAGCUUUACAACGACAGGUGACGUUUGCAAUGUCGCCUGUCCAUGUAUAGUCAACCACACAAGAACCGUUAUCAAACAUGCGAGCGAAAGGAGACAGGAAGUUAUCCCCUCCACUCAAACAGAAUGUUAAACUCACUGAAUGCAGUUGCACAAAAUAUAGCAAAGUCCCGUUCGGCGUCAGUGGGACUUAAGUUUCUAUGUUCUCUACAGUAUAAUCGAAUAGCCCGAAAUAUGAUGACACUACUGCAUGCAAAAUCUACUAAUCUUUCUUCUGAUCUUUCUAUUACUGAAGUAACUUUAAAACCGUAAGUAAUGUAUGAAGAGACAAGGUGACAUCGACAGGUUACAACGUAAAGAUCACCUAUCGGCGUAUGUUGAAGUAAGCAAUACCCUGAAUCAGACAUGUGUGUCUGUGGAAACUUGAUAUUAUAUAUUAAAAUAAUAAAAGUACAAACAAACAAGAAAACGCAAGUACUAUUAAGUUCAUCAAGAGUGAAAUAGUUCCGGUACUUUGAAAAUACAAAAUACAACAAUUCACAAAGUGGCAAUAAUUUUAACAACCGUAAUACAAACAAAGUAGAAAUAAAAAGUUAUUUCCUUAAAACACCAUAUGUAACCACCGUAAUGCCAACCAAGUAGAAAUAAAAGUAAUUCUUUCCUUAAAACACCAGCCAGUCGUCUUUAACCCAGGCUCUGCAGUCAGUCAAUGUGCAUUUAAUGACUAAUGAGUUAUUUAUUAUCAUAGUUUUUCGUAUAAUAAUUAAAUUAUUUAGUCUAUCACGUUUUGACACAUUGCCAGGCAGCUUCAUAAUUGUCUUAUGAAUGUAGGAUGGUGGCUUCAUCUUAUAAACAGGCAGACUAAUUCAUUACACUACAAAUAAAAGACUAAACUAUAGAGGGGGGUUUUUCUGCUACAUAUGGUGACGUCGGUUUAAGUGUGAAAGGUUCGAGGCUUGUAACGAGUUCGGCACUUCGUGCUCAGAAGAUAGAACAGCAUGUUAACGAGGCAGAAGAAUGGGUGGAAAUAAUAAAAUUGAGGAUUUAACUGAAAAGAAAGUGGUGCUGUAAAUGGGAGCAACACCUGUGAUUUCAAGACAAAAUAUGAAUUCACCAGGUGUUCUUACUUAUAUAGCCGACAUGGAAGUACGAGUGGAGUGUGUAAAGUGGUGAAAGGACUAAAAGGAUGUGUUCUUGUAAGUCACGAAUAGAUGCACAUUUUGCACGUGUUUACGGAUUUGUAGAAAGAAAUGUUGCUGCUGAGUAGUGUAUUCUUUUGUAUGUGUUUUUGGGCACUGUGAGCACUGCUAAAGUAGAUUCCAGUAUAUUAAACAGAUACAACAGAUAUAUCCACAUAGCAAGUCAGAGAAAAAAAACUGUCCCUUUAAUUUUGAUAUAUUUAAUAUUACAUAUAUACCUGAUUGAAGACGAUCUGAUUUAAUUUUCAAGUGUCAAACUGGAGUCAUUAGCUUAUAAUGUGUUAAUAUCAUACAGGUGUGCUGUAAUAUAUAAUUCCCUGACUCAUUGCAAUGGGGUUUUUUGGGUUGUUUUUUUUUUUUUUUUUUUGGUUUUUUUGCAAUAUCCAAAUAAAUAAUAUUUGUGAGGAAUGAAAGUCAAAAUAAAUUGUAGCUCCUUUUUUCACCUCUCUCAUAUCCAGCACAGUUUAGAAGUUAAUGUAAUGUGUACAGAAAGAAAGUGAUAGGUUUUUGUGUUAUUGGUUAGUUGGCAGUACUCCGCAAACAAAUGAGGCUUAAAAUACACUGAGAAGUCAAGGAGGAGCCAAACAGUCGUGUCCAAGGCAAAUAAAUGUUGUUGUACUAAAAUCUGGCCAGUACCUACGGAAGAGGAUUAGGGCCACUGGAAGAAAAAAGAAAAAAAAAAGUGGGCAUGUCUUUUUUUCUUCUUCUUCUUCUUUUCCAGAAUUCUGAGAA